CUGGAGAGACAGACCUUGAUAGACUAAAGUCGUGAAGACGACGGCAGUGUGAAAGCCGCCCGUGACCGCCGCGCAUAAGAGGUUACGAUCGCUUCCACUUUUGAAACCGGAUCCAGACCUCGCGGAUCCGCAGUCACUAUGCGAUUAUGUCGAGAUCGCACACACCUCGCGCAGACAUCAACAGCGCGAUAGUCCAUCAAUGGUCGCCUGGCCACGGCGGUGUAUCUCCGCACUCUGCCCAUAACUCUCCACACUACGACACCAGCAACGGUAUUAACGGUCAUGCGCGUUCGGUCUCGCAUCCAGUCCAUACUCCAGUCACACCACCAGUCACCGACGAUGAUGAGCGGCUAUGGCGGGAUCAAGAGCUCAACGACAAGAUCAUGCGGGCUGUGGAGGAGCAUGGCAUCACGCGGCCAAAAGGCCAUAAGGUGUCAUUCCACUACAACAGCCGUGUGGAAGACAUGCACUUUGGCAAGACGCAUCCGAUGAAACCAUGGCGCUUGACCCUUACAAAGCAUCUCGUGCUGAGCUACGGCUUACAAUAUGCCAUGGAUACCUACGAGGCUGUCGCAGCCGGCAAGGAUCAGGUCUGUGCCUUUCAUGACCCAGACUACGUUGACUUCCUUGCCGAGGUCAGUCCCCAGACGUUUCCGCAGCUGUGCGAGGUGCCACGUUUCGCUGCACAUACUCCCCCAAGGCACGAACACGACACCGUGGACCUAGGGCCUUUCAAUCUCAGUAUGAGCCCGGGUGCAGAUUGUCCGGUCUUUGACGGCAUGUCUACAUACCUUUUCUUGUAUACUGGUGCUACGCUUGGUGCAACCCACCAGCUCACAUCCGGACAGAGUGAUAUCGCAAUAAACUGGUCUGGUGGACUCCAUCACGCUCACAAAUCCGAAGCUUCUGGGUUUUGUUACAUCAACGACAUCGUGCUUUCCAUCCUAGACAUGCUACGGAUCUACGCGCGGGUUCUGUAUAUCGACAUAGACGUGCAUCACGGCGAUGGCGUUGAGGAAGCAUUCCAAAGGCAACCGAGGGUCAUGACUCUGUCGUACCAUCGCUAUGGACCGUACGACGAUACUGGGCACAAGUUCUUUCCUGGUACCGGCGACGUCACUGACGUCGGGCUCAAAGGCACCAUUGGCGAGCAUUUCGCCCUCAACGUACCCAUACCUAGUGGCAUAGAUGACAGGCAAUAUAGGUACGUCUUUGAAAGUGUGACCGGUAGGGCUAUAGAAGCCUUCAAGCCUAGCGCUAUCGUGCUGCAGUGUGGAGCAGACAGUCUCGGCGGCGACCGCUUGGGGCAGUUCAAUAUCAACAUUAAGCAGCAUGGGGAGUGCGUGAACUUCGUGAAGAGGCAUCGCCUGCCCUUGCUAUUGCUUGGCGGCGGCGGCUACACCGCACGAAAUGUCGCUCGCGCAUGGUGCCAUGAGACUGCGCUCGCCACUGAUAAUGGCGCUAACCUGCCGGAUCGAAUCCCACUUGAUCUUGUUCCACGGCCGGAGGCUUUUAGCGGACGUGCACAUGGGGACGGCAAGUUAUUUCCUGCCUUCCUCAGGUUGCAUAAGAACGACUGCACCGACGCUGAGCUUGAGUUGAUGGUCAAGAAACUGGAUUAUGAGUUGAAGUAUGUGAGGAAUUCGCCUUGGGUAAAGCUUGAUCAGCUACCGAGGCAAUCUGUCAUGGAGGACCUUGCCGAGCAGGUCGAAGAAGAUAUGCGACCAGGUCGACCAGAGAGGGACAGGAAGUGGCGUGAACGUAACCCGGCAGGCCGCGGGGAGAUGAGAUAACAUCGAGCCCCUGGUAUCUUCCUGGCGUCAUUUUGCGCUGUUGACUUAGCGAGGUGUUGCGGCGUGUCUUGCAGUAUGUAACGAAGUCCGACAAAUUUCCACUUGGCGACU